ACCUGUAAAACUAAGUCUGGCCGAUUUCCACAAUAAUCUGGAUCAAAAAUUAAAUCCGAAGAAGAAUAGCGAACAGAUGGACUCGGCAAAUUGGGAAUGUUUUCACAAAAAUGGUGUAUUUGUUGGCGGAACUCGCGGUCGCGGCGUUUGUUGUGACAAGCUUCCCAUUAUUGCCAAAAAUGUUGGAGAUCCUACGGAACAGAAUGUUACCAAUAAAUCAGCAAAGAAUGUGGCUGAGCCAAAGAAAAUACGGGGAAAUCUGGAUGAUCAGAAGAUUCCUAAGCAAAAUGGGAAUGCUAAUGGUCGUCUCAUAAACCAAAGAAAUCAACGGGAAACUGGAAAACCCAACGAAGCUAGGAUAUCAGUAUCGAGGACACCAAAUCCCUAUAAUGCUUCUCAUAGUCGGCCCAAGACCCUAGUGCGAUCCACUCCACGGAUUCCCACGCCUCCAAGAUAUGUGCCCCAAGAACUGAAGGAAGUGGAUCGCAUGACUUCAGCUGAUUUCCGGCAUGAUUACGGUGCUCAUCUGGAUAAUAUGCGAACCCGGCAGAAGGGACAACAGCACAUGCUUUUCUUUCAAUCGGCUAUACAUCAGAAUCGACACCUCUUCAAGGGGCAUACGAUUUUGGUGCUUUGCUGUGGAACCGCAACUUUGGCCCUCAUGGCAGCCAAAAUGGGAGCCAAAAGAGUUUACGCCGUGGAUUACUCCAAGGUCACUUGUUAUGCGGAGCUGGUGGUGCGCGAAAAUCGCUAUGAAUCCAUCAUCAAGGUCUUCCACGGACGCAUGAAGGAUCUGAAACUACCGGGGAAAGUUGAUGGUAUCAUAUGCAACUGGAUGGGUCACUGUUUACUCUACGAAUCGGAGAUAGUGGAGGUUCUUGAGGCACGUGAUCGCUGGCUGAAGAAGGGCGGAUUCAUCCUACCCGAUCUGGGAUCGCUUUAUCUCGUGGCUUCCGAGGAGCACAUGCUGAAGAACGAUCGAUGCAAUUGGUGGAGGAGUGUCUACGGAUUCAACAUGAAUGCCAUGCGUCGAUAUGCCCUGGCUGAACCACGCUAUGCCAAAACGACCGGCGAGAAACUGUUGACCCUGGCUCAUCGCAUUUUAAGCAUUGAUUUAAAAAAAGCUAAAAUAGAAGACCUUUUUAUAGAUCGAAAUAUAAGAUUGAAGGUCAAUAGAGAAGGCUAUCUCGAGUGCUUUCUCCUCUUUUUCGAUGUGGAAUUCAGCAGUUCCCAUAUACCCAUCAAGAUGAGCUGCAAUCCGUGCAUUAGGUUGCCUUACAAAUCGCUUUGGUUGCAAACCGUACUUUUUGUCGAACAGCCGUUUAUAAUGCGCAGUAACCUUCACUACACGGGUAACCUGAAAUUCAAACCACUGAAACCAAAUAACUUUAAGGAAAUGGAAAUACGUAUUGAGUUCUACGAGGGUCUCGAAUAUGAUGACUUAUGUACUCGUCGGGUGGCCAAGAGAUGGCUAAUGUUGGAGCACUUUCAGACAUUCAGUGAGGUGGAGAGCUGUCAGGAUGAGCAGGGGGAGAAUGGUGGCCACGAUUUUUAG